CGGCGGUAGCGGCUGCGGUCGGGUGGGCUCGCUCCCGGCGCGGUGCAGCUCUGCGGCGCGGGCCGCACUCUCCGCUCCCUGCUCCGGCCUCGACCACGGCGAGCCUGAGCGCGGCGGCGGCCCACGCGCGGCGACGGGGAGAGAUGAGCAGCAACAGUGGUAAGAGAGCACCGACGACAGCGACCCAGCGCCUGAAGCAGGACUAUCUCCGGAUUAAGAAAGACCCUGUGCCUUACAUCUGUGCCGAGCCCCUCCCUUCCAACAUCCUUGAGUGGCACUAUGUGGUCCGAGGCCCUGAGAUGACUCCCUAUGAAGGUGGCUAUUAUCACGGAAAACUAAUUUUUCCCAGAGAAUUUCCUUUUAAACCUCCUAGUAUUUAUAUGAUAACUCCCAAUGGAAGAUUUAAGUGCAAUACAAGGUUGUGUCUUUCUAUCACGGAUUUCCACCCAGACACGUGGAACCCGGCCUGGUCCGUCUCCACCAUCCUGACGGGGCUCCUGAGCUUUAUGGUGGAGAAGGGCCCCACCCUGGGCAGCAUCGAGACAUCGGACUUCACGAAAAGACAACUGGCUGCACAAAGUUUAGUGUUUAAUUUAAAAGACAAAGUGUUUUGUGAAUUAUUUCCUGAAGUUGUGGAGGAAAUUAAGCAAAAACAGAAAGCACAAGACGAACUCAGUAGCAGACCCCAGGCUCUCCCCUUACCGGACGUGGUUCCAGACGGGGAGACGCACCACGGCCAGCACGGGCUCCCGCUCCUCAAUGGGCACGCGCCGGGGGCCGGGCCGCACCUGGCGGGGCUCCAGCAGGCCAACCGGCACCAUGGACUCCUGGGCGGGGCCCUGGCGAACUUGUUUGUUAUAGUUGGGUUUGCGGCCUUCGCCUACACGGUCAAGUACGUGCUGAGGAGCAUAGCGCAGGAGUGAGCUGCCACCACGACCAGCAGAGGGGUCGGACACACAGGAUGCUGGGCCUGAGCUCGACGUGGGCUGGCUGGACGUGCUGCUGAGCACGCGGGCCUGGCUGACUCCUGGGGUUAGCUUUUUAAAAACCUUUAAAAGGAAAACAAGAACCAAAGCAUGUAGUUUGGAUUUGGAGGAAACGUGAGAUCCCCAGCCCCCAUGCUCGCCCUGGGAUCUGGCAGGGGCUGAGGGGCUCCAUGUCCACGAGGAGGCCUCACGCUUUGGUUUUAUAGCUUAUCUCCCAUAUUGUCUUUUGGACCUGUUUUAGUAACCUGUUUUUCAUUUUAUUAGAUUUGGUCACUUAAAAAUAUAAAACUCGAUGCCUAUCCAA